AUGAACACAAAAAUGCAAAAGAAAAAAAUUAUACAAGCUGUCGUUCUUGCAGACGAUUUUGUAACAAAUUUGACACCAGUACAAAAUAUAUUUCCAAGAAUAUUAAUGCCAAUAAUAGAUGUUCCACUUUUAGAUUAUUUAGUGGAAACCCUUAUUAAAUCUAGAGUACAAGAAUUGUUUCUUUAUUGUAGUAAUCAUGUAGAUUUAAUAAAAACAUAUGUCAAACAAAGGAAAUGGUUAAAAAUAUCAGUUUCUUUAAUUGUGUCUGAUAAUUGCACUUCACUUGGUGAUGCUCUUAGAGAUAUUGAUACAAAAGGUUCAAUUCGUAAUAAUUUUAUACUUAUAAGAGGAGAUGCAUUUAUUAAUGCUAAUCUUACAAAUCUUUUAUCAAAUCAUUGUGCAAAAUUAAAUGAAGAUAAAGGUACAACAAUGACUAUGGUGCUAAGAAAUUUUGGUUCUAUUAAUGAACCUUUUUUAAAGCAACAAGCAUGUUUAGUAGUUUCUGAUAAAAACAGUAAAAAGAUUCUACAUUACGAUAAAUUAAGGAAUGAUGAAAAGAAAGUAAAAUUGGAUUUGAAUUGGUUUUUGGAUCACAGUGAAAUUGAAAUUAACACUUGUUUUUUGGAUAGUCAUGUUUAUCUAUGUUCUCCUUCUGUGCUUCCAUUAUUCUCAGAUAACUUUGAUUUUCAGACAAUGGAAGAUUUUAUUCGAGGAGUGUUAAUGAAUGAAGAAAUUUUAAAUUCUCGAAUCUACUGGCAGCAAUUAGAUUCUGAAGAUUAUAGUUUGCCAAUUGUAUCAUGGAAUGCUUAUCACACUCUUAAUAGAGAUAUUUUGAAUAGACAUAGUUUUCCACUUACACCAAAUGCUAUUCCAUUCUUAAAAGAUUUUAUUUAUAUGCCAAGAAAUAUAUAUAAACAUAGGAGUGCUACCCUUGCUAAAGGUUGUAUGUUAGAGAAAGAUAGCAUACUAUGCCAAAACAGUAUUCUUGGAAAUGAUACUUCUGCCACGAGAUCAGUUAUUGGAUGUUACUGUGUGAUAGGUUCUAAUGUAACAAUUAAGAACUCUUAUAUUUUAUCAAAUAGUAAAAUUGAAGAUAAUUGUAUCAUUACAAAUAGUAUAGUAUUUUCAAAUUGUCUUAUUAAACAAAACACAAAAAUAAAUGGAUGUAUAUUAUGUCCUGGAGUAAUUAUUGACACUCCAAUGGAAUAUACUGAUUCUAUUAUGGAAUCAAAGGAUAACGAAAUUUCUGUGAAAAAAAUAUCAGAAAUUGAUACAGAUAAUGAUUUUCAGUUCUUUAAGGAUAGUGAUAUGGUAGAAUACGAUGAUUAUUCUACAGAUACAACAAGUAUUGAUGAAAAUUCUGAGUGUAAUUCACCAAUUCCAGAUGAUACAAAUAUGUUCUUAUCUGAAGUUAUUGACAGCUUACUAAGAGGUUUCCAAGAUAAACUUAGUUGUGAAAACUUAAUUUUGGAAAUAAACUCAUCAAGAUAUGCGUACAAUAUUACUAUGAGCGAAGUAACGUAUAAUGUUAUUAAAGCCAUAUUAAGUUUACCUUUUCAUUAUCUUUCAGAAAAUAAAGACAAUAUAACUAAUAAAAAUUACCAAACAAAUUUAAAAAUUAUGGUAAUAUAUUUUUAUCCAAUUAUCUUGAAUUACGUUAAAACAGAUGAUGCACAAGAUGAUUGUUUACACGCAAUAGAAGAGGUUGCAAGUACAACUCAAGAAUUAUUACCAUUUUUACAACACUUGUUGCAUAUGCUUUAUGACAAAGAUAUUUUAUCAGAAGACAAAAUUUUAGAAUGGUAUGAAUCAAAUGAUAAAGAUAUAAAUUCACAUAACUCUCAAGAGGAGAAAGUAAGAAAUGCAAUAAAACCGUUUAUUAAAUGGUUGGAAGAAGCCGAAGAAGAUUCUAGUGGAAAUGAAAAUGAUUAAAUACAUGUUAAACUCUUCAAUAAUUUGGAGAAAUUGUAUUAAAUCGA